GCAGCUUCUGUUGUUGGUUCUCGAGCUGAGACGGCGACCCCACAAAGGGCCAGCCAAUUGCAACCGAUCAGCCGGCGAGCAAUUCUGAGUAUAUCUUGCUACCCGUUGGCUGCCUGCUUGCAAGGUCUGUUGGUGGCUGCCUCCAGUUCUGCAUGAAUCAGCCUUUCCCUGCCACUAGCCGCAGUGACCUUUACCAUGGCCAAUCUUCCCCAAAAGGUUCCCAUGGCCGUCGCCUCCCUACUUUCAAUAUUUAAUCGACUUCCUUCCUCUUUCCCAGACUCAUCAACAGAAAUCAAUCAAGUCGCUACUGAGCUCAGAACAAAUUGCCUCUUCCAGCCACAGCAACCCACAAAUCCACGGCCAUGCCAUCCGAGUCUACACCUGUUGGGCAAGCCACUACGGCAAACGGAGUCGUAACUCCAGUCGAGGGUGAUCAAAAGAUCAAAGGCACGAAACAAGGCCGUCGAGGUGCCGUUGAUCUCAGCACCACCUCCUCCCUCGAGGACCUCCAAACGGAUGAACAACGUCGAAUUCUUGACACCGUUGCACAAGUCCGAAAAUGCGGGCUUGAAAGCAUUCUAUCGCUUCCUCAACUUGUAGUCUGUGGCGAUCAAUCAGCGGGCAAGAGCUCCGUGCUUGAGGCUUUGACGGAGAUCCCUUUCCCUCGAAGCGACAACCUGUGCACCAGAUUUGCAACGGAAAUCAUCCUUCGCCGGGCUCCCUCCGACUCGCUCACGAUCAAAGUUAUUCCCGAUGAUCAGCGACCCGUUCAUGAACAGAUUAAAAUCAAAGCUUUCGAGGAGUCAAUCACUGAUUUCGAGGACCUUCCAAGAAUCAUGGGUCUGGCAAUGAAAAUCAUGGGAAUGGAUCCAGAGUCUCAAAGUGACACUCCUCUUGGCGCAUUCGCUCGCGACGUCUUGAGCAUCACUAUUGAGGGGCCAAACAGACCACAAUUGACGCUUGUCGAUAUUCCUGGACUCAUCGCCAAUGCAACCAAGGGUGUCACUGAAGCUGAUGUGAAGAUGGUGGCUGAGAUUACCGAUCAUUACAUCUCACAGCCGCGAACAAUUUGUCUGGCUGUGAUAUCUGCCACCAAUGAUCAUGCUAACCAGCCAAUUCUCACAAGGGUGAGAAAAUAUGACCCUGAAGGUGACCGCACUUUGGGUAUCAUCACCAAGCCAGAUCGCCUCCCACCUGGAUCCGGAAGCGAGAAUGCCUUCAUCUCAUUGGCAAGAAACGAAGAUGUCUUCUUCAAGCUUGGAUGGCAUGUCCUCAAGAAUCGGAAAUUCGAAGAACAAGACUGCAGUUUGAGAGAUCGAAAUUUUGCUGAGAGCACUUUCUUUCGCACGUCUAACUUCAACGUCUUGCCCAAGGAGUCAGUCGGCAUUGAUGAGUUGAGAAAACGUUUGAGCCGCUUGUUAUUCGAACAUGUUAAGCAAGAACUCCCAAAGCUUCGCCAAGAUCUUGAGAACGCUCUUACGGAAGCUAAUACUCAACUUGAUGUCAUGGGAAGCUGCCGUUCAUCACCAGCGGAGUGCAAGGCAUACCUUUCACAGCUGAGUCAGGACAUCUACGACGUCUCAAAAGCUGCUGUUGAUGGGCAUUACGAAGGAGAUUACUUUCACGGGGAAAUCACUGAUGAGGAGUUCAAAGACGAAGAUGAAUCGCCAGUCUCUAUUUCUCGCAUUCGAGCCGUUGUUCAGAACCUCAACACCGAAUUCUCCGAAACGUUCCGACGGGUCGCACACAAGUACCACAUCGAUCUCGAUAACGACGGCUGGUCUGGUUUCGACCCGAACUGUGCAGAUGGACUCAGUGAUCGCCUUGGAAAGACGCAGAUUACACCUAUCCGAUGGACAAAGGAGAUGGCUCUAAAAUGGGUUGCAAACGUUCUCGCUCGUACCCGUGGCCGCGAACUGGUUGGAAACUACAACCCUCUCCUUGUCGGCGAGCUCUUUUGGGAACAGUCUUCCAAGUGGCAACUUAUUGCUGUCGACCACAUUGAAUGCGUCGCCGAUCAAUGCAGCAAAUUUCUUAAAACUCUCCUUCACGACAAAUGCCCGAAGGAUGUCGAGUCUCGUUUGUGGGAUAGCAAGAUCCAUGAUGCGCUUAAGGAACGCAGUCGUCUGGCGAGCGAGGAACUUGCGAAGAUCAUGGAGGAUAUCAAAGGCUAUCCUAUCAACUACAAUCACUACUACACCGACACCAUCAAGAGCCGUCGACAAAAUCGCCAACGCAUUGCCAUCAAGGAGACAGCCGAGAAAGCAAGCAAGACGACAAGGCACCCAGAGGAAGUGGUUUUUGAGAGCCCAGUAGUAACGACGACUGUUGAUAUCGACCAAUUUGUUCAGACAUUGGCCGAGGACAAUGAUUCCAACAUGGAGAACUUCAGCUGUGAAGAAGCUCUUGACUGUUUGUUUGCAAUUUACAAGGUUUCACAAAAGACCUUCAUCGCCAACAUCACCACUCAAGUCAUCGAACGCCAUAUCGUCCGCGGCCUCCAGAAUAUCUUCUCUCCCGUCGUCGUGAACGCGAUGUCGGAUGUCGAAGUCGAGGCUAUUGCCUCUGAGCCACUGAGUGCGAAGAGACAGAGAGAGUUCUUGGAGGAGAGGAUCAAGAAGUUGACGGAUGGACAUGAAAUUUUCAGGGGGGUGAUGGGGAGUGGUGGGAAGUAGGUUGUUUGAAGAGAUUGGUAGUUGUGGUUUGGGGUUGGAUUGAGUUUAUAUUGUUAUGGGUUUUUGGGUUGGGAUAGACAAGUUUGAUUUGAUUUGGGUUGUUGAUGAUUUGCCGGUUUAGUUAAUGUCGCUCUUUCAAUUCCAAAGAACUUUGGACUGCUUUUUUCAGUUUUAAAGUACACGCCAACUCGCCGUUGAACAGUCUCC